CACUCACCGGAAUCACCGGGACAUUUUCCCUUCCAGAAGAACCGCAGCCCAUCUAAAGACACCGGGCACGCACGCGUCCUUCUUUAAUUGUCUCAUAUUAGGAGUGUAAAUAUGGUUUAAAUAUUUGCUCUUCUUUUGGAUGGCACAUAGGAUGAGUGUUCUGACUCUUGGACUUGUGGGAAGAGUGUAAUUUAGCCAUGGCAUUUCCUCCAGGAUAUUUGUACCAGUCUUCACUCUCUCUGUUCUCGUGUCCUCCGCACGCGUCCGGGGCAAUCACGGGCCCGCGCACGCAUGAUUUGGGACGCUCGUCCGCUUUCGCCCCUUACGCGUCCACAGCUUUCACCAACACAGCCUUUAACUCAAUCCAGUACAGCUCUGAAUCUACAGCCCCUUUCACUUCUUACGUGGGCUCCCCAUACGACCAUUCGCCGGGCGUAACGGGCUCUGUGGGCUUUCAUCCGUACGCCGGUGCGCUGGGCGCGUACCCGCUCGGAGACCCUGCUUACAGGAAGAACGCCACGCGAGAUGCCACCGCCACCCUAAAGGCCUGGCUGAGUGAGCACAGGAAAAACCCGUAUCCCACGAAGGGUGAAAAGAUCAUGCUGGCCAUCAUCACAAAAAUGACCCUCACUCAGGUCUCCACCUGGUUCGCCAACGCACGGAGAAGACUGAAGAAAGAAAACAAAAUGACCUGGACGCCACGAAACAGAAGUGAGGACGAAGAUGAGGAGGACAGCAUUGAUUUGGAGAAAAAUGAUGAAGAUGAUGAACCUCUCAAAACCGCAAAGACAACAGAGAUAACCAAAGAUUCAGUUGGAGACGACUGUUCAGAAAAACUCACAGAAACGCACGACGACGCGGAUCGUGUUACAAUCGACUGCGGGGAGCACGAGAAGCGGACAAUGCGCGAGUCGCCGCCGGUGGCCACGACCUCAUCUCCCCAAAACGACACAAGUGAAACCACGAAACCCCCAAGUGAAAACUGCAAACCCACAUCUGUCAUUCAUUCAGCAAACCCGACCCCUAAACCCAAACUGUGGUCUCUUGCUGAAAUCGCUACGUCGGAUAAGGGGUGUGACGAACCGUCCCAGACAUCUGGGAGGUUAUCACCCGCUGGGUCACCCGUGCGGUGUCCGUAUCCCCCGAGACAUUUAUACUACACUCCUCCGGGAUUCUGCCCGGGCUUUACGAGCGCAUUCGGACCCCUGCACGAAUCCAACCCGACGCAUCUGAGCGGAAUUAACCAGACUGCGUUACACAGAGCGCGAGACAGUAAACUCACUCUGGAGAUGUGUCAGGAACUCAGCUUUGCGCACAUCAGGAGGCAGAAUAUAUAAUCAAUUUCUUUUAUUUAUUAUGUUAAACAUAUUUUCAGUAUGCCCGAAUAAAACAGUGAACUCUGAACUAUAGUGUGCAAGAGAUGCUAGAUGGUUUUUAUAUUUGAGAAGAAAAGCGCGUGGAUGUGUUUUUUUACUUUUCUUCAAAUAUAUGCGUGUGCAAGAGGCCAAAGUGCUCAUUUAUCAGUUUUGUAAACCCAAUCAUGGUCUAUUUAAUAUUAUCUUAUUUUAAUGUAUAUACAUCUGUGCCAUUUUACAAAAGUUGUUAUAAGACACAGAAAUCAUGUUGGGAUUAUGAAGUAAAUUUGUCAGAGGAUCAAGGGUUUGGUUUGUGACUGUUACAUAAAUCACAUAGAAAAAUCAUACAGAUUUUAAAUAUGUUAAAGCUGUUUUGAUAUGCUCACAGCACGUGCAUUGGGCCCAAUUCUCUAUAAGGCUCUGAAGACAUCCGUCAAGCCAAUUUAUAGCUGCACCCAACAUAUUUUUCACUCACAUUAUAACGCCGUGAGGAUUAUUUUAUCAAUCUUUCUUUAAGCACACUAUGCAGUGCCUUCCAGAUCUGCUCACAACUGCGCUACACUUCUAUGGAUUCAAAGAAUACACUCAAUAACUGUAAUAGUCGCCUCCUGGGCAUAAUACAGUGGAUAAAUUGUAUAUUUAAAUAGCACAAGUCAACAUUUAUUGCAAGGGGAUUACGGGACAGCACUCUUAAGUGGAGGAGAUAUUAAAUUUAUGCUCCAUAAAGCAUCUUCUCAUGAGUGAUGCGGGAACAGCGAUGGGGCUGAAAGUGUUCAAAAGACCAUUUUAAAAAGGAUUUAAACGUGUAAAUGCAAAAUUUUGUAAACUCUUCACAAGAAAGACAGGAUUACCACCAAUUCCCUAUUUCUGCUCGAAGAGUCCGACAUCAACAAACAUCAGAGAAGAGACUCGGGCCCUGUGGCUUACAGGGGUAAUACAACGUUUUUGUACACAAGACCAUGAAAAGAGGCUGCAAGGAUUUGAAAAGCUCCCUAAUCCUUCUGGUAAAGUUUGAGUAUAUAUUUAUACACAUGGUGCGAUGCUAUUUCACAGUUCAGUGAAUUUGAUGCUUUGUAACCAAAGAUGCUUGCAUCAAAACUAUCCAGUCAUCUUGCGCCCAUGCACUCCUCUGACCAAUGUCACAUUUAUUUUAUCAUUCAUAAAGGGAGAGGGUAUAAAAAAUGUAUAUAUUUAUAUUUGUAACAUUUUCUUUCUGUUAUUGCAAGAAAUGAUAUAACAUCUUUUAUCAAUGCAUAAAUAUUUAACAUAU